UGUGGGAAAUAUUCCUGAGCCUAUUUAGUGUAGGAUCACACAUGCACAUAUCACAAAGCUUAAAUUCCAGGUGGCCUGAGACAAGGCCUACCCUGGUACGAGAAGGCACACAUCGACCUAGGCCCCAAAGGGGGGUUUGUGACCUCACACACAUAGAUAACCAGGGAGGCCAGCACUCCAACUUUUAUUGCUCAAAGUUUUAACGACCUACAGAGAACAGAGUGGACCCCAAGGACAGGGGUCCCUCGACUUGGCACACAACCCCCUCCCCAGACACCCUGCCUUACAUACCACUCACCGAACAGACCAACACCCCAAAGAAAGUUUCUUUUAAGUUUGGCUUUUGUAUAUCUGUAUAUGUAUUUACUCUUGACUACUAGUCUUAAUAUACAGAUAUGUACAGGUUAUGUUCGAAUGUGUCUUAACUUUUGGAGAUUCUUUUUCUUUGUUUGACAAACCUUCUCCCCCCCCCCCCUUUUCUUUGCCACAUUCCUCGGCAACCCUUAUCUGAUCUUUGUAUUCUACCAUGCCUAUCUAAGGGUAAGAUGUGCUUAUGACAUGAGAAUAUGUCAUAUAAUGUCUGUAUAAAGGGUAAUAUCUGUUGAGGUACAACCUAAACCACCUGUACCAUAUACUGGUGUGAGUAAUAGAACAUAACAUAAUAGCAUAAUAUAAGUAAUCAUUAAUUAAUCAUCACAGAUGGUAUUUGGUGUGAACCGCUAGGCUGGUACGGCAUGUUUGGUAUCAAACCGAAGGAAAAUCACUCCAGUUUCCAAAUCUGGUCAGUGGUUACCACAAAAGUGGACGUAUCAAAAGUUACACCAGCCUAAUGAAAAUCACCAUUACCAGAGAAGUCAGUCUGGUCAUAAAUCCCAAAAAGACUGAUACCGACCCCCUUCCGAAGCCCGCCAAAUGGAUGGUCAGCCAUUGGUCCAGGACUCAAAUUCCUGGUCACUCCUAAUCACGAACCUUAUGCUAUAAAACCUGGCACCUCAGAACAAAAAGGAGAGAAAAAUCGGGAGAAAAUCAGCGGAGAAGAAGAAAAGAAGAAAAAGGGAAGAAAAGGAGAAACAAGCAGCGUUCUUAAAGCCCGUCGGUGAAGACCCAAAGAACUGCAACUCAGCCCAAGCUUCACCAGAAGAAAGAACCGGAGGGACUCCACUCCAACAACCGCUGCAAACACCGCGCCUCCCUGAGAGCCAUCACCCAUCAGCUCAUCAGCCACUGCGACCAACUGCAAAGACCUCCCUCUUUCCUGCAUCCAAAGACCAAAUGGAAGAAUGCAGUUCAGAUCUACAUGAUAAAUCGGGUUUAUCAUCCAUAUUGAAGUCGCUAGAGGAAAAAGCCAUGAAGUUCCUAAAGGAGGAACUGAAGACGUUUGUGAGGCACCUAGAUCAGAAUUACCCAGAAUUCUCUGAGCCUCAGCUGGAGGAGGACAAUGCCCUGGACUGUGAUGGUCAGAUGCAGAAGACCAGUGUUAGAGAGGUAGCUCUGAAGAUCACACUGUACAUCCUGAGGACCAUGAAGCAAAAUGAUCUUGCUGACCUGCUGGACAAGAGAAAGCUCAUGCUACAGGAUAUCAAAGCUAAACUUAAGAAGCAAUUUGAGUGUGUAUUUGAAGGGAAAGCUAAGGAAGGACAGCCAACACUUCUAAGUGAGAUUUACACAGAACUCUACAUAACUGAAGGUGGGACUGGAGCAGUUAAUGAUGAACAUGAAGUGAGACAGAUUGAAACAGCAUCCAAGAAAAGGCGAACAGAAGAUACUACAGUCAAGUGCAAAGAUAUAUUUAAACCCUUAUGUGGGCGUGUGACACCGAUCAGAACUGUACUCACGAAAGGGGUGGCAGGUAUCGGGAAAACAGUCUCUGUGCAGAAAUUUAUUCUCGACUGGGCAGAAGGAAAAGCAAACCAGGAUGUUCACUUCAUAUUUGCUCUUCCUUUCCGGGACCUGAAUUUGAUUAAGGGUGAAUACAGUCUGAUUGAACUGCUUCACCACUUUGUCCCAGAACUGAAAUCAUUUCAAUCCACUGACCUGUUUAGCUCCAAAGUCUUGUUCAUCUUUGAUGGUCUGGAUGAGUGUCGCCUUCCUCUGGAUUUUCAGAACAAUGAGAGCUGGUUUGAUGUAACAAAGAAAACGUCACUAGAUGUGCUGUUGACUAACCUCAUUAAGGGGAAUCUGCUCCCAUCCGCUCUCCUCUGGAUAACCUCCCGGCCAGCAGCAGCCAAUCAGAUACCUGCUAAGUGUGUCCACCAGGUGACAGAGAUACGAGGGUUCAGUGAUGCCCAGAAGGAGGAGUAUUUCAAGAAGAGAUUUAAUGAUCAGAGCCUGGCCAGCAGGAUUAUCGCACAUGUGAAAUCAUCAAGGAGCCUCUUCAUCAUGUGCCACAUACCUGUGUUCUGCUGGAUUUCAGCCACUGUGCUUGAGAGGCUUUUUAGCGAGACUGACAGUGGAGAAAUUCCAAGGACUCUGACUGAAAUGUACACACACUUCCUGAUCUUUCAGACAAGUUUAAAAAAUGACAAAUAUAUGAAAAACCAUGAAACUAAGCUUAAGAAAUACAGCAAGGAAUUCCUUUUAAAACUUGGUAAACUUGCUUUUGACAACCUUGAGAAAGGCAAUCUCAUAUUUUAUGAGCAUGAUCUGUCAGAGAAUGGCAUUGAUGUCACUGAAACUUCAGUUUACUCUGGAGUGUGCACAGAAGUCUUUAAAGAGGAGUAUGGGUUGUACCAGGAGAAGGUGUACUGCUUUGUGCAUCUGAGCAUCCAGGAGUAUCUCGCUGCUUUAUAUGUGUUUCUGUCAAACUCAUCAGCUGACCUGCUGAAGACUGCAGUGGAUCAGGCAUUAGAGAGCAAGAAUGGACACUUGGACCUCUACCUCCGCUUCCUCCUGGGCCUCUCAACAGACUCCAGUAAGACACUGUUACAAAGACUACUGGGGCCGACAAGAAUCAGCUCACAUACCAUUAAGGAUACAGCCCAGUACAUCAAGAGGAAAAUAAAGGAGAAUUUAUCUCCAGAAAGGACCAUCAAUCUGUUCCACUGUCUGACUGAACUGGGUGACAAUUCUCUAGUAGAGGAAGUACAAAGAUACCUGAAUUCAGGAAACAUUUCAGCAGAUGACCUCUCACCUGCACAGUACUCAGCUCUGGCCUUUGUGAUGCUGAUGUCAGAUGAGGAGCUGGAUGUGUUUGAUCUGAAGAAAUACAUCAGACGAGAUAAAGAGCACUGCAGGCUGCUGCCUGUGGUCAAGAACUCCAGGACGGCUCUGCUGAACAGCUGUGAUCUCAUAGAUAAACACUGUGAAGUGCUGUCUUCAGCUCUCAGAUCAAACUCCUCACCCCUGAGAGAGCUGGACCUGAGUGACAAUGACCUGCAGGACUCAGGAGUGAAGCUGCUCUCUGCUGGACUGGGGGACUUACACUGUGAACUGGAGAUACUGAGACUGUCAGGCUGUAGAGUAACAGAAGAAGGCUGUUCUUCCCUGGCUUCAGCUCUGAGGUCAAACCCCUCACACCUGAGAGAGCUGGAUCUGAGCUACAAUCACCCAGGAGACUCAGGAGUGAAGCUGCUCUCUGCUGUACUGGAGGAUCCCAGCUGUAAACUGGAGAAGCUGAAUGUGGAUCACGGUGGAGAGUGCAGGACCAGACCAGGCUUACAGAAAUACUCCUGCCAGCUGACGCUGGACCCCAACACAGCAAACAGACGCCUGUCUCUGUCAGGGGGGAACAGGAAGGUGACACAUGAGUGGGGGGCAGAGCAGCCAUAUCCUGAUCAUCCAGAGAGAUUUGACAGCUGGAGCCAAGUUCUGUGCAGAGAGAGUCUGACUGGCCGCUGUUACUGGGAGGCUGAGUGGGAUGGAGAUGGAGCUGUGAUAGCAGUGACUUAUAAAGGGAUCUGGAGGGGAGGAGGGAGUGACUGUGGGCUUGGAUUCAAUGACAAGUCAUGGAGUCUGUGCUGUAAUACUGACAGUUACUCUGUCCGGCACAAUAAUAAACAGACUCUCAUACCCAUAGAGCCCUCAGGCUCCCGCAGAGUAGGAGUGUAUCUGGACUGGGGGGCUGGUGCUCUGUCCUUCUACAGAGUCUCCUCUGAUGGACUGACCCCCCUGCACAGAUUCACCUCCUCAUUCACUGAGUCCCUCUAUCCAGGGUUUUAUGUUUAUAUGAACUCCUCAGUGUCACUGUGACAUGUUGCUGGUUCUCCUGCAAAAAGGUAAAAUCUCUGCCUUUUAACCUUUAUAAUCCUUUUUACUCUGAAAUGUACAGAACUGUGCAAAAGUCUCAGGCAGGCAAAGAAAAUGAUGUUUAGAUUAUCCUCCUGUUGGUGUAAAACUAUGAUAUGAUGCCUGUCAAAGUGUGUCAGCUUCGCCAUUUCAGAACCUCUGCUAAAAUCAUCCUAGUAUUUGCAGCGACCGUCCAGUGCAGCCAUGUAUUUUUUGACUUGGCCACUAGCAGACCUCAUACAGUUAGUCAAUCUCUCACUGACUUUUUAAACCAAUAUAUCUAAUUAUUUAAUUGAGCUGUUGGUGAAAUUUUAACAAAAUCAUGGAACGGCUGAGGUCCCCCUGAGGAGAAGUUUGGGAACUGAAGUUGUGUUCAUCUAGCCAUCCAACUAGAUAUCAGUAACUUUUUAGAAAACAGAAGAAAUUAUUACUAGUUUUUAUUGUGUUAUUCUUAAUUUGCACACGUUCUAAUGUUAAAUUGUGUUUUUUGUUCUAAGCCAAAGUACACUUGCUACCCAGAUAAACAGCUUUAAACAUUUCUUUGGACUGACUAAGACUUUUGCACAGUACUGUGUGUUUGACAAAAAAUAAAUGACUGUGUUCAGUGAGCUGAAUAAACAUGAAAAAUAUUGUUUUUUAUACGUUUUCUCUCUGACUAAAAUGUAAUUAAAUGUAAUCCUGAUUGGGGGGGGCUAUCCCCUUCUCCUGUAUAUGUACAUUUUAUAUAUUUAUGUCCAUUUACUGUAUUCCCUCCCUGUACAAUGACAAUAAAGGCUUUCUGUUCUGUCCUA